AUGGGGUCCUUCACGGGCUACGUUGUCAUCUAUGUCCUCGGCGGACUCACCUUCAUUCCUCUCGUCGUCGCCCUGCUCGUCCUCCACGCAUACCUCACACUUCAACCGCCGACAAAAAGGCCAGACUCUGUCGUUUCAACGCCCGAUACCUUUCGCCGCACUGCCGCCGCCAUCCUGCAGCGUCCCGAUGAUGACCAGUACAGUCUAAAGAGCGGCACCGACGUGCUCGCCGAGAAGUUCCAGCGCACCCACGAGUCCGACGUGGCCGCGGGCUAUUUUGCUGUGUGUCGAGAGUAUGUGCCUGGAGGCGUCAAUGGGAAGCCGCCGGAGAGGACGACCCCGGCUGGCGAUGUGGUCGGCCCUGAGAGUCCCAGCGUGUACAAGAGCAUGUACCGCAGUAUCUUCGAUAGGAAGCAGCCGCCGACCAUUGAGCCCGCAAAUAACAACAACAAUAACAAUACGUGGUCAUUUAAGAAGGCUCGGAAUGUCUUUUAUAUUGUGUUGAGGCACGGCCAUUUGAUGCUCUACGACGACGAGCAGCAGAUCGAAGUCCGUCAUGUGAUAUCGUUGGCACAUCAUAACGUUAGCAUCUACGGCGGCGGCGAGGACAUCUUAGAAGGAGAGCUCUAUGUCAAGCGAAACGCAAUAUGUUUGAUGCGGAAAGAAGAUUCCAUUGCCGAUCUACGAGGCCUGACGCCACCAUUCUACCUGUUCUCCGAAACCCAGUCCGCCAAGGAAGACUUUUAUCACGCCUUGUUGCAAAACCAGGAGAAGAUUCCCGAUUCACCCAAUUCGCCGCCCUCGCCGCAGCUGUACGAGGUCAAAGACAUUGUUAAGCUGGUGCAGGACUUGCACUCGUCCGAAGAACAUUUGCAGACGCGUUGGUUCAAUGCCAUGGUGGGAAGGCUGUUUCUAGCAAUGUACAAAACCCCAGAGAUGCACGAGUUUAUCCGGAAGAAGAUCACCAAGAAGAUCUCGCGAGUCCCCAAGCCGAAUUUCAUCUCGCGAAUCUCCCUGCAGAAAAUCGACAUGGGCCAGGGUGCGCCUUUCAUCACAAACCCGAGGCUGAAGGACCUGACCGUGGACGGAGACUGUACGGUGGAGGCCAAUGUGAAUUAUAGUGGCAACUUUCGCAUCGAGAUUUCAGCCACUGCUCGCAUAGAUCUGGGCCCGCGCUUCAAGGCCCGGGAAGUCGACCUUGCAUUAGCUGUUGUUCUUAAGAAAUUGACAGGGCAUAUGCUGUUCCGUUUCAAACCACCCCCGAGCAACCGAAUCUGGUUCUGCUUCGCAAGCAACCCUGACAUGACCAUGUCCAUUGAGCCGAUUGUCAGCGCCCGCCAAAUCACGUAUACUUUCAUUCUCCGGGCCAUUGAGAGCAGAAUUCGCGAAGUCGUCGAGGAAUCGCUGGUGCUCCCUCACUGGGACGAUAUCCCGUUCCUGGAUACAAUCUCCCUGCCGUUCCGUGGCGGUGUCUGGCAACGGGAAAUCCCCAGGACGAUGGACAAAGUUGUAAUACCUGACGAGACCGAGGGGCAGAACGAAUCCGAGGGUUCUGUCGAUUCUAUCCCCAUCGAGGCUUUGAAAGGCAAAGAUGACCGCAAUUGGAGCACGCCUGAUUUUUUCAAACCGGGCCCUCCAAGCCUCAAGUCGCGCAAGAGCUCCAAGUCAAACGCAUCGGACACACUGAUUGAGGAAAGCGCUGCUUCUUCGUCUAUCGACAAACGCAUGAGCUCGUCGCCACCAGAGGCCAUCCGCGCGCGCACAUUUUCGAAUGUUGUUGAUCCUGUCGUCACGCUCGAUCACGGCAAAGUUGAUCGAGUAGAUAGCGAACCCCCGAAAAGCAGUAGUAGACGAGAUAAAGCAAAACGAGACGCAGCCAGCUCGAUAAUCGAGAUCAAGACGCGUUCGCAGUCCAACUCAGUUUCAAGCACGCCGUACGGAUCACCACAAAAGGAAACCUCUUUUCAGAAUGCGACUCUCUACCAUGGCGAGGACGUCUUUGCCGAGCCUCUUGACGUGAAGGAGAACGAAGGAUCGCGGCGGCCGUACUCGUCUCAUUCCGAUGCUAUUUCUAGCAAUGUAUCUCUAAAUUCAACGACCACAACAACCACAACGGAGGAGAAAAAGCGUAAAGGAACCUUUGACGGUGUUUCGAGGUCGUUUACGCAGUCUCUAUCCGCAGAAAAACGAACUACCAUUGCAGCCCUCGGCACCGCGACGGCAGCUGCAGCGAAGAAAUGGGGAUGGAACGUAUUGAACAAAGGAGAGCAAGGGAAACCAGACGAGUCACGGCCAAAACCAGGAACUCCAGAGCAUCCGAUCGGACGCGGUCGUCCUCUGCCUCCCCCGGGCAUCCCUCUUCCACCACCAGAGCGGAAUCCUUUCAAGUCCAAGUCUGGAAGUGUUUCAGUCCCACGCCGCAAGCCGGCGCCUCCACUGCCUGAAUUUCUGCAAGAAGAGAAGCGACCAGUGCCACCACCGCCGUUACCCAAGAGGAAAAGUGCUCCUCUCCGCGAGACCAACGUCAUCUUCACCGAUGAGGUACUCGUCGUUGAAGCCCCUGCCGACUCGGAACCUAACAGCCCUACUGUGGCGCCUCCGAAUUUUGAAGAAUUUCAACAAAACACCCUAGACUCGCAGCUCCAGUCUCAACAACAACAACCACCACCACCACCGAGCGAUGAUGGCGGCUACUCGGACUCGGGCUUUGAGCAGAUCACCGACGUUUCGCCAGACGCAGGCAACUCGCUGCACUCGCAUUCGACCUCUUCGCUUUCGACUGGUGAUCACGACGCAACUGGCACUGACUCUAAACUCUCUGUUCAGCCUCAGGAAGGCUAG